CCUAUUUCCUUUCCUCGCUGUAAAUGGACAAGUGCGUGCGCGAGCUCUGGCGGAAUUCAAGUCAUCAACGGUCGCAAACUUUACUCACAAACAGCGUUUAACUUUCAUUUUAAGGCAGGCAAUACAUAAGCGAUUAACGAAUUAGUUCAGAGUGUUGUUUCUGAGCAGCCCCGGUGUGUUUUAGUCGUUUGUUUGAGGCGUAAACAGUGCAAAAGAGGAGUUGUGGGUGGGUUUGACGGUUAUGGCAGCACCGCGACCCAUUAAAGGGAUUCUGAAGAACAAAUCCAGUAUCAAAGGCCGACCCGAAGAGCCAGUCCAGGAAACUCCAGAACCAGGACCCCCUAUAAACUCUGAAGACGACCAACAGAAGAAGUCACAGAAAUGGGAUGAAAUGAACAUUUUGGCCACAUAUCACCCGGCAGAUAAGGACUAUGGGCUGAUGAAGAUAGACGAACCCAGUACGCCAUACAACAGGAUGGUUGCAGAUGACGAAGAUGAGGGGGCGCUCAGCGAUUCGGACGGGAACACAGUCCUACACGGAGACGACCUCGCUAAGAAGCUGGAGGCAGCGGUGGAGGGCGCGGAGUCUCGCUUCAUGGAGGAGCCAGAAGAGGAGAGCAGUGAGGAAGAGGAGGAGGAGGAGUUGAGUCCGGAGGAGCAAGCCAGAAAGAAGCAGUUUCAGAUGAUGAGGAAGAUGCAUUAUAAUGAAGGUAUGAACAUUAAACUAGCCCGACAACUCAUCGCCAACGAGCUGGAAGAGGAGGAAGAUGAGGACGAAGAGAUGAAGGACGACACAGAGACCGAGGACAUCAACGUCGACCCCCCGCAAGAUGCUGAUUCCCUGGAUUCAUAAGGAUGUCAAGAUGUGUCCUUCGACUCCUGCCUUGUGUCAUGAACCUCUGGAAGGCGCGGGGUCGUCACCGGUUUGGGUUCAGCUCCAGGAUCCCCCCCACCCUGUGUAUUACACCAACACCGCAAUGCCACGCAUAUCAACCAGCUCCCUCAUUUGCCAAACGUCUAUCGCCAUCAUGCUAAGAAUCGAGACUGUUAUCAAACCGCUCCAGGCCUGGACUCCUCCCUCGUCCUGUGGCCGAGAGCGUGGGAUCUCCAAGCCCAAGUGAGCUGGAGCCCAGCGAACCAUACUGAUUCUCUUCUUUCCCAGCACCACUCUUACUGACACUCCAGUAACUGAGUUUAAUGCCAUUUGAACAAGCUGCUGGUUUAGCAUGCACUGGUAAAGGGGGACUGAUGUGGUCUUGGGCUUUGACAGACACACACACACACACACACACACACACACACAGCCCGUAUUAAACCGCUCACAUGAGCUCUACUGUAUGCAUGGCUUCUGAAAACCAUGUUUAAUUACAUUGGCACUAAUUGUAUUAGCCCUGUGUUUGAAGUAACAGGUGAGUAUUACAUACCUAGCUGUAAAACUACUGAUCAGUAGACUGACCCUAUGGCCGUCUCUGUUGCUUUUCCAAAACUACAACAGCUUUAAUAGAUGCUGAAGGGAUCUGGAGGGUUUUGUCUUGGCGUCCUUAUUGAGCUUUGUUUGUUUUGAUUGCCUUUUUUUUUUAUAACUCUAUUAUAAUGGGGUUAUUUCUUUUUGUGGUCACUGAAGAAUAUAAUUAUAGUGCAGUAUCAAAUAAAAAAAUAAUAAUAAUAAAUUUGACCCAAGCAAAUUCAUCUUUAAAAUGGCUGUUAUUCUGGUGUAUUUUGUCAAUUUAUAGUCAAACUGACACAUAUGCGUGUUGUGUAUAUAUAUAUAUAUAAAGAAGCUAAAUGGGUGAAUGUCGGAAAACCUUGCAAUAACUUGUCAUAUUUGGCUCCAAAGUCAAAAGGAAAAAAUAAAUUAUAUUUUGUAUAAAAACGUUUUAGUACCAUAUAUUACAGUAAUGAGUCAGAAUAUUCUGCGCAUUACAGUGAGUUAUCGUUACUGUAAUGCACAAAAGAUUCUGAUGCAUCAUAUAUUUGUUCAUUACACAAACAAAAAAAUUAUUCAGACUCAUUACUUUAAUGCAAAAAGGUAAUUCAGAGAAUCAUUACCGUAAUGCAAAAAAAUUCGUACUCAUUACCGUAAUGCUAAAAUAUCGACUCGAUAGCAAUAUACAAAAAACUAUAUUGCUAUUGACUCAGAUUUUUUUGUUGUUGCAUAAAACAUCCAGAUGCAUUACAGUAAUGAUAAUGAAAUAUUUUUUAAUAUGA